CAACGCAGACAUCAAUUCAUCAGUUUUAGUAUUUCUAAUUUCUCGUAUCUUGGUAUUUAUGAUUAAAAUAAAUUUCGUAGUGUUUCGGGUAAUAUAUUUUAAAGCUUAAAGUAGUUAAUAAAUUUAAGUUUAAUUUAUUGGUUUCCAAAUAAUUAUUAUAACUUUUAACAUGGAUUGGAAUAAAUAUUUGUGCAUGAUUUGGGUAUUCUCAUUUCUAGUAUUACCUAUUUUAGCUAAAGAUGCAAGUAAAUCUAAAGAGGAACUUGGAACUGUUAUUGGAAUUGAUUUGGGUACAACAUAUUCAUGUGUUGGUGUUUAUAAAAAUGGACGUGUUGAAAUUAUUGCUAAUGACCAGGGUAACCGAAUCACUCCAUCAUAUGUUGCUUUCACAGCAGAAGGUGAACGUCUUAUUGGUGAUGCUGCGAAAAAUCAACUUACAACAAAUCCUGAAAACACAGUAUUUGAUGCUAAGCGUCUAAUUGGACGUGACUGGUCUGACAAAAAUGUCCAGCAUGAUGUUAAGUUCUUCCCAUUUAAGGUCAUAGAUAAAAAUUCUAAGCCUCAUAUUCAAGUUGAGACUACUAAGGGCACUUCUAAAGUAUUUACACCAGAAGAAAUUUCUGCUAUGGUAUUAGGAAAAAUGAAAGAAACAGCUGAAGCAUACUUAGGAAAAACUGUGACACAUGCUGUUGUUACUGUUCCAGCAUAUUUCAAUGAUGGUCAACGUCAAGCUACCAAAGACGCUGGAGCUAUUGCUGGUUUAACUGUUAUGCGAAUUAUAAAUGAACCUACAGCUGCUGCUAUUGCUUAUGGUUUGGAUAAAAAAGAAGGCGAAAAGAAUGUACUUGUGUUUGAUUUGGGUGGUGGUACUUUUGAUGUAUCAUUAUUGACAAUUGACAAUGGUGUAUUUGAGGUAGUCUCUACAAAUGGUGAUACUCACUUGGGAGGGGAAGAUUUUGAUCAAAGAGUUAUGGAUCACUUCUGUAAAUUAUACAAAAAGAAACACGGCAAAGAUAUUACAAAAGAUAAAAGAGCUGUACAAAAAUUAAGACGUGAAGUUGAAAAGGCUAAACGUGGUUUAUCUGCUAGCCAUCAAGUGCGUAUUGAAAUUGAAAGCUUUUUUGAAGGGCAUGAUUUUUCUGAGCCCCUUACAAGAGCUAAAUUUGAAGAAUUGAACAUGGAUUUGUUCAGAUCUACAAUGAAACCAGUGCAAAAAGUAUUGGAAGAUGCAGACAUGAAUAAAAAAGAUAUUGAUGAAAUCGUACUAGUAGGAGGCAGUACAAGAAUACCAAAAGUCCAACAAUUAGUAAAAGAAUAUUUUAAUGGAAAAGAACCAUCUAGAGGUAUCAACCCAGAUGAAGCCGUUGCUUAUGGUGCUGCUGUACAAGCUGGAGUUUUAUCUGGUGAGCAAGAUACUGAUGCUAUCAUCCUUUUGGAUGUUAAUCCACUCACAAUGGGUAUUGAAACUGUCGGUGGUGUAAUGACUAAGUUAAUCCCUCGUAAUACUGUUAUUCCAACCAAAAAGAGUCAAAUUUUUUCAACUGCUGCUGAUAAUCAAAAUACUGUUACAAUUCAAGUAUUUGAAGGAGAAAGACCAAUGACUAAGGACAACCAUUUACUUGGGAAAUUCGAUUUAACCGGCAUUCCACCAGCACCUCGUGGGGUACCACAAAUUGAAGUUACUUUUGAGAUUGAUGCUAAUGGUAUCUUGCAAGUUAGUGCAGAAGACAAAGGAACUGGUAAUCGAGAAAAAAUUGUUAUCACCAACGACCAAAACAGGCUAACUCCUGAUGAUAUAGAACGUAUGAUAAAAGAUGCGGAGAAAUUUGCUGAUGAUGACAAGAAAUUAAAGGAACGAGUUGAAUCUAGAAAUGAACUUGAAUCUUAUGCAUAUUCAUUAAAGAAUCAAAUUGGAGAUAAAGAAAAAUUAGGAGGCAAAUUAUCUGAUGAAGAAAAAACUAAAAUGGAAGAAGUCAUUGAUGCCGCAAUCAAAUGGCUUGAUGAAAAUCAAGAUGCUGAUCCUGAGCAAUAUAAACAACAAAAAACUGAAUUAGAAAGUGUUGUAAACCCAAUAAUAUCGAAACUGUAUGCUAGUACUGGUGGUGCACCACCUCCCCCACCAGCCGGUGAUGCUGAAAAAGAUGAACUUUAAGAUGUUAUAAUACCCUAAAGAAUCUUGUAUAUAAGACUGCUGCAGGCUGCUGAAGUUUAUUCUUUUAAGAUUAUUAAAGCAGUUAGGUUACAGUUAGCUAAUAUUAAAUUUUUUUAUUUUGUUCUAAUUUAUAAUUUAUUUAUAUCAUUUUAUAAAUGAUGUUAAUAACUGUUUCUUAUAAUUAAUUUUUUUUUUACUUUUUGUGUCAUUUAUUUACAAAUUAAUACAUUUUCAAACUGUUUAUUAUUUAAAAAAAAGAUUAAUUGUAAAAAAUUUAAUUAAAUAUAAUACAUUUUUGUACAAAUACACAUACACAUAUUAUAUAAAUAUGUGUGUGUAUAUUAUAUAUAUAUAUAUAUAUAUAAAUAGUUAAAAAUCUUAAUAAAAACAAAAUUUAUCAUACACAAA